UCGGUUCCGGUUCCGGGAUGCGGCUGCUCCCGGCGCUGCGGCUCCGGCCGGGCCCGGUGGCGGCGGUGCCUCGGUACCGGCAGGGGCAGAGCCCGGAGCCGCGAACCAGGGAGUACUUCUAUUGGGUGGAUCAUCAGGGACAGCUUUUCCUGGAUGACACCAAAGUGAAGAACUUCAUCACCUGCUUCAAAGACGUGGCAUUCCUGAGCUUCUUCUUCAAGCAGCUGGAGCGGAACCGGAGCGGGCGCUACGAGGCGGAAUUCCCGUUCCUAUCCCGCUGCGGCCGGGAGCGGAACUUCCUCCGCUGUGAGGAUCAGCCCGUUGUCUUCACCCACCUCCUACCGGGAGAUCCCGGGCUCCUCUCCUACUGCGGCGGGGGGGAGCGCUUGGCGGUGCCAUUCCAACCGGGAAAGCUGACGGUGUUGCCGGAAAACGGGCGGCUCUACCAUCCGGCGCCGGCCAAAUCCGGCGGCGUGGGGCUGGUGCGCUCGGCGCUGGCUUGGGAAUGGAGCUCCUGCUUCCAGUACGAGCACGGGAUGGAGCAGCCACCAACGCACUUCCUAUGGGAAGGCCGGAGCUACCGGCUCACCGGGGAGCUGCUCCCGUUGCUCCGUGCGGGAAGCGCCAGGGAACGCGCGGAUAUUCCCGGCUCCACGUGCCAGGGUUGAGCCGCGAUUCCCGGUGUCCCCAUCAG